UGUUAGUAGACAGAGGCUGACAAAUAGGCAUCACAUCACGACAAUCGUAAAAGUCUCAAGACCCCAGUUCUUUCAGUCCCGUUAUUCUUUUGUGGCGUUUCGUUCGUUGACAUUCAUUAAUUGAUCAAUUGCUUACCUGAUCUGUCUCACUUACUCAGUCUCCUAAUAAUUCCACCGAAAGCGCCGACUUGUUGUUCCCGUCUUAUUCCUUAGCGGUAGCUCGCCUCAGAAGCCGAGUUAGAGCCAGAGUCAGAGAUCUCACCACCACAAGUGGCGCCAUUCAAUGUCGAGCGAUCCAAACGAUCAACAGCAGGCGGCUGCCCCCGCUGCCCUUGCACCGUCGGUAGGAGGCUCUGCUGAGCCGCCUAAGAGGAUCCCCAAAGGAGUAGUACUAGGCCCUGACGGCAAACCAUGCCGGAACUGUACUUCUUUUGCUGCAUGGGCUUCCCAGACAAAGAGUACUCUCAAACAGGAUGCUGCAAAGGCCAAGGGUCCUCCGGCCGACUGCCCUCCAGAUGUCGAGGUGCUAGGCCGUAGUACAUGGACAUUGCUUCACUCUAUUGCCGCUCAGUAUCCGGAACAACCGUCAAGCGGCCAAAAAUCAGACCUUCUCAGCUUUGUCGGUCUGUUCUCUAAGCUAUAUCCUUGCUGGGUCUGCGCAGAAGAUUUCCAGGGUUAUCUAAAACGAGAAGCGCCACAGGUCAACAGCCGUGAUGAGUUCGGCAAGUGGCUGUGCGGCGCACACAACGACGUCAACCGCAAAUUGGGCAAGCCUGAGUUCGACUGUUCCAAGUGGGAGGAGCGGUGGCGGACAGGUUGGAAGGACGGAAGAUGCGAUUAAGCUGUUUCUGAGCUGAGGUUGAGGCUGGCUGGCUGGAUCGGGCCGGGAGGCUAACGCGCCUAUCCAUACAGUGAGUAUAUCAGAGACCUCGACUCAUUGCGGUUUCGGUGUGCGGUGUACGAUAUUUGGGCCCCUGAACGAUUGCACACCGAUUGGAAAAUGACAUGAUGGACCGUUGGUUGUUGUGUGGAUACAUGCAUACACGUGUGGUUAAUGCCGGACCGAUGAAGGCGUGGGAUGUUAACGACUUUUCUAUGGACAGAGGAAGAGGAAGAAAUGAUGGACAAGACGGUUUUAAACGCCUAUGAGCGGAGCAUGGGAAUCGCCGAUUUUGGAUGGAUAUUCCAUGAUGGAGCAUGAACUGUAUAGUAGAGGCGAAGCGAGAACUGCAUGCAUACAUAGAAUCUCAUCUCACGACAAUUGAUAGAUGUACAACAAAUGUAACAAACAUAUCAUGAGUCCAAAUACAUGCAUAACUAAUCACAUACACCGCUCUGAAGCAGUGUUCGAUUUCUGAAUGGGC